AUGCUUUAUGACCUCUUUAUCAGUGGCUACUUCCAGUACAAGUCAGAUACCAAUACGGUGGCACCAUGGCUGGCAGCAACUGCGAAGGAAUGUGACUGCACCCCAGACCUUCAGUGUGGAACUGACGAACAGAAAAAGCCACCAUCCUCCACACGACUCAAAGUCAAAGCCAGAAAGAUCUUUCGGGAAACUCAAGCCAGAACCAACCCAAAGCCUACUGUGGAGUUGCCGCCCAAAGAGCACAAGUACAUUAUCGCCGUGAAAGACUUCGCCAGCUUGGCAGAAUACAUCGUCGAACACACUAAGAACCCUUUUGAAGUCCCAGAGAGCUUUUCAACUGCGCUCGACGGCGCAAUCUCUCUUCGACAAAGCCUGAACAAUCAAUUUUCUACCUCCACAAUCCAGAGUUCUCAAGAUGGUCAUGGGUAUUCCAUUGGAAUACUGGAGCAUGUGAGAAGGGUUCUAUGCCCACUUAUGCCUAUGCCAAGCGAGCGAGCAGGUAAUCACUUUAGUUGUUCCUAUGGAACGCCAGAAGAGCGACUGGCCAACAAGUUCAAUCUGCUUGGAAUUCAGGAACCAGAAGAGGAAUUUCUCCAAACAUCUGAUGCCGCCAAAGCCAGCCACGCAGUACCUGAGACUGACUACGAGGCCGAACUACUUCGUGAUGCUGAUGAAGCACGGUUCGCCUUCCACCUUCUGCUUCAAGAUGCCAACAAGCUCCGCAAUGUCAUUUUCGAGACAUGGGUAGGCUAUCGACUAGGGAUAUUUGAUUUAGUCUCGGCAUCUCUCACCACAAACACGGCAAUUGAUCUUGUGAGGGGGAUUGAAGAAGAGAUAACCCCAUCCUUGAGGAAUGUGGCUGAUCCGAAAUGCUUCUUCGGUGUUUCUUUUUCUCUCGGUGUAAGUGGAAAGGGAAGGCUGAAGACUUCAGAGGAGGACCAGGUGAUGCGAUAA